AUGUAAUCACUACGAAAAAAGCUGUCAAUUUUUCGGGAGUGAAUUUCCAUUCCAACAGUUUCAAUUUAUUGCGAAAUUGGUACUGCAACUUUUAAGCUUUUGAUCCUUACCUAUUACACGUACAGAAAAAUACAAUUUCUUUAAAAUGGCACUAAGAACUACUGCCGUUCUUCGUAGUAGCCUGAACAAAUGGGCUUAUAAUUUAUCAGGAUUUAAUAAGUACGGUCUACAACGUGAUGACUGUUUGUACGAGACAGAGGAUGUUCAGGAAGCACUACGCCGUCUUCCUGCCCAUGUAGUUGACGAGCGUAACUUUAGAAUGAUCCGCGCUAUGCAGUUGUCAAUGCAAAAGAUCAUUCUACCUAAAGAAGAGUGGACCAAAUAUGAAGAAGAUAAACUUUACCUGUCACCAAUUGUAGAACAGGUCAAGAAAGAAAGAGAAGAGCGUGAAAAAUGGGAGAAAGAAUAUUAGCUUUCUCAUCUCUGAUAAAUUAAUAUUUAAUUACAUAAUUAUUUAAUAAACUUAGCUGUAUUCA